CGAGUCGUAACGCGAUUUUCACGCGCCAUUUUUCGGGGUCAGUGACGGCGGCUCCGGGGAUGUGUUUGUGACGAGAGAUAAGGCACCGCGGGGCCGAGAGACCAGCGCUCGGGACCUGAGGUGGAGGCGGCGGCUCGGGCGGUGCGCGGCGGUUUGAUGAGGAGAUCAUGUUGCUGCCGUCCGACAUCGCGAGGCUCGUCUUGGGUUAUUUGCAGCAGGAAAAACUUUCUAACACUUACAGAGCCUUUAUACUGGAGAGUGCUGAUCUAAAGGAGUAUGCAGAGCACAGUACAGAGGAUGGAGUGGUUCCUGCUUGUUUGCUGUCGCUUUUUGGGAAAAAUUUGAAAACUAUCCUCAAUGAAUAUGUUGUUAUGAAAGCGAAGGAUUCGAUGCCAGAAGCUCCUGCAGUGCUGCCAUCCUUAUGGAGAAAGUUGGAGUACACACUUUCUCAAAUUAGGAACUUGCAGCAAAGUUCCCUGACGAUCGCUUCAAAUCAAAGAGCUCGCACAAAGAAUUCUUUAACAGAAUUAAGACGUCGAGGGGCCUGUUCUUCAAGAACAAUCUCCACAGCUAAUUCCAGCCUAUUGUCCAUUUCGCCACAAAUCGAGCCAAUGAUUAUUACACCGCUGGCAGCAAACCCGGUCAUGAUAAUGCCGAGCUCUGGAGUCAACCCAGUUAUCUCACAACCUCAGCCUGAUCUUUGUAGUCGCCAGUCCCACUCACAAGAUCUCAUUCAGCCUACAACUAACCUGAGUGCUGAUGUCCUCCACAUCAUUGUCCCUGGAUCUAAUGAUCGAAGAAUACACGCUGAGCACAUUUCCCCAGCAAAACGAAAAUGUGACUCUCCGCGAAAGCGAAGCGGCCUAGUGUCAGGGCAGAAUUCAGCUGCUAAAGCUGCAGAAAAUGAAGGGGAGGAAAGUCAAGUGGAAAUUGCUGUAGAAAACUUUCCACAAAGGGUAAUUGAAAAUGCCAGGGAGAAAAUCUUGAAAGACCGCUCCCUGCUGGAGAAACUUGCAGAAAACAUCAAUAAAGUCAUGUUCAGUGAAAGUAAUACACACACCUCAAAGCCACCAGACAGCAGUACAUCUUUACCAGAUCAGUCGAUUGAUGAAAUCCUUGGCCUGGGGGAUGAAGUUCACAUGUCUGAUGAAGCUAUCCAGGACAUCUUGGAGCAGACUGAGUCAGACCCAGCCUUUCAGGCACUUUAUGAUCUCUUUGAUUAUGGUAAAUCCAAAAAAGAUGAGGAUAUUGAUUAUGGACUCUCUGGGCAAGAUGAUUCACAAAUGAUAGAAAGUAGUACAACUUCAGCCUUCACUGAAGAUAUGGAGACCCGUAACUCCUUACAAACAGAAGAAUUGGGUAAAUCCAAAAAAGAUGAGGAUACUGAUCAUGGACUCUCUCGCCAAGAUGAUUUACAAGUAAUAGAAAGUAGUACAACUUCAGCCUUCACUGAAGAUGUGGAGACCUUUAACUCUUUUCAAACAGAAGAAUUGGAUGAGAAGCUGGAGGACUUUCCUUCAACAGUCCUUGAUGAGAAUGUGCAAAAUGGUUCCAAAAGCAAAGCUGACAGCACAGUAACUGUAACUCAGAAAACCUUACAGGAGUCAAGUUCCAGUUCAGAAUCCAAGAAACAAGAGAAUCUCUUCCAAGAGAUCAGUCCAGUUGAUGCAGCACUUUCUACGGACAAUCUUACCUUCCCCAUCCAGGCAAAUGAAUGUAACCACUGUACAGCAGAAGUUGCCAAUUCUGCACCUUCCCUUUCUUCUACUGUUGCUGAUCAUCCAACUGAGUCAGCUGUGUGUGAGCCUCAUGAUCCUGAAGAUGUAGCUGAAAUGGAAGUUGAAGACCAGUCUCCAUCCACUAAUCAUGAAAGUGCAGAUGAAUCUGUGAUCCUGCAACAGGAUAUGAGUGAGGAGCCUGCUGGCAUUCAACAGCUUACUGAUCCCAAUGAGAAAGCUCAAGACAAUUCUCAAAUAACCCAGCAAAGUGAAUGUCUUGUUACAUUUAAUGAGCAACAUUCAGUUUGUGAUGAUGCUGCAUCCGAGAUUACAAGUCCGGGCAAGCUCAAAGAGCCAGUGCCCCCAAACGUCUUGGAUAAAAGGAUAGAUGGUGAGAGUGCGGUUGAAGUUUGUGAAAUGACUCCUUCAACUAGUAGUGAAAGCUUGUUUCAGUCAUCUCUCCAAGGUCAGAACAGCUGUGAGAUGGUGCUUGGUGAUCACGAUGGAAGCAAACUGUUGUUGGUUGAGCCUAAUAGUUCCUCAAUAGAAACAGUGUCAGAGCAGCCAACAGUUUCACAUUCACCUGUAAUCGACCCAAGCUCCUCUUUAAUCAAUGCACAGCCUUCACAAGAUGAAGAUAGUUCCCUUGUUUCAACUGUAAAUUCCAGUUCAGUGAACUCUAUUAAUUCCAGCACACCUGUAAAGGACGACAUUUCAGAGGGUGUGGAAUUACCUGACCAAAUGGAACCAGUGUCUUCCUCUGUAUCUUCCAGAUCAAACACUGAGGCCAAGGCUACAUCCCUGCACCUGGACUCCGAGGUUUCUGGGUUGAAACCUGUUCCCGAAGGAAACAAUCUUUCAUCGAACACAAUCUCCACGUUCUCUCCAGCCACCACCUCUGCAACAUCUGAUGUUAUUCCCACAUCUGAAGCUUUGAACCCUGAGCCUUCCAGUACAGUAGAAGUGGAUCCCAAAGAUAUAGUAAAUCUCAAGAUCGUCAUUUGUGAUGAUCCCAAACAGCCUUCAUCGGACACUGAAUUAACCAGUGCAGUGUCCAGUAUUACAAAUGAAAAUAAUGAAAAUAUGCCCACAAUUGUAUUAUCCUCUCCAGGUGGGACGUCUUUACAAGGCAAAGGUGUAACCCAGCCUUCAACAAGUGGAAAGGGUGGGGCUGUUACAGUCUCUAGCCACAGUCGGAGGGUUAGUAAUAAAGAAAUUGAAAAUGCUGUAAAUAUUCUGGGAGUGGCAGAGGAGCCUGAAAGCACUGUGCAGAAUCUUGCCCUAGUCAGUGUUCAAUCGGCACCAACACAAAGUAUAACUACCUGUACACUUACAGUGAGUUCACCACAGAGAGACAGGGUUGUAUUUUCCACCCAGAAGCCAAUUGGUCUGUCAAACAAUACUGGUUACAUACAGCUGUUACCUGCAGGUGCCACCUUUGGGCAAUCCAAUAGUGUUUUGAUUGCAACUUGCGUGCCAGACUCUCCCUCCUUUUGUAGUUCUCCAGGACGAUCUCUGAACCAAAGAGUUGAGCCAAAUAACAGGAAUCCAUUUGUUUUGGGCGGCCGAGGGAGCUCUGCAAACGUCUUAAUGUUACCAAAUAGCUGUGGUGCUGCAACGUUCUCCACAUCUGUUCCACAAGCAUUGUCGACCCCUCCGAGGCCAAGCACUAUUUUGACUAUGGGACAGCCUGUAUCUUCAAGUUUUCCACAAGGAUCGACUUUUUACAUCACUUCCCCCAUUCAACCGGUGCUGCAAGGAAUGGUGGGAGUGAUUCCAGUUUCAGUAAUGGGUCAGAACAGCCCAACUCCAUUCACAGUGUCCACCCAACAGGUUUUCCAACCUCCCGCUUCAUCUCCACUUCGCAAACAAUGUCCCAGGUUUAGUAAACUUCCCAUUUCACGGAAACAGCCACAGAUAACAGUUAGUCCGGGCACUGCCAAAGCAGGGCAAUCUUCUGUUGGCACUUUCAUUUCAUUGGAUUCAUCAGUUGUAAAAAGUAGCUGCCAGCCACAGAGGAGUAGAAAUGAAGACCAGAGAAUUACUUUGGACCAAAUUGGAAAACCAGGCAAUCCACUGUUGAAAUGUGACACACCAAGUUUAAAAUCACCAGCAAAUGAAAGGCACAGAAGAGUGCUGUGCUUUGACAAUACUGUUUCCACUGAUACCAAUCCAUCCACGGUGGAAUCCAGCACAGGUCAAGAUGAUAAACAAACAAACAAUGUGAAAUCAAAAGAUCAAACAGACAGUGUCUGUCUUUCUGGUGCUCAAAGCACUUCAGAACAGAACAAAGAGAGGUCUGAAAGGACAGAUACAAGUCUUAGUAAAGGAAGGGAAAUACAGGGGAAGUUGGAGAAGAACAAAAGCACAUCUUCAAGCCUGAGCCAAGGUACAUUCCACAAAGCAACAGCAAAUAAGGAAAAUGAGAAGAGCAGGGUUCAAGUCAGGCAGAGAUGUAGAGAAGUGUCAGACCUUUCAAGUGUGCAACAGCAAAAAAACGGUUCUCAAGAUGAAAGGCCGAGUUCUCAAGCAAGUGGUCUUGACAAGGAGGGCACAAGCCGUAAAAUUUCAGAUUCUCAGCAAGAAGGUAAGAAAGGGAGCACUGCUUUAAAAGCCUCCCAAGACAGGUCUUCUAAAAGGAAUCAGGAUAAAAGUGCAAAUGAAAGUUUCAGUCUGACCGGUACACUGACUAAGCAAGCGGCCGAGAUGCUCCAAGACAUUCAGAGGCAAAGUCCUGUCCCCAAACAAGGCAUUAACAGUGAGCUGCCUGUGCCCAGGACGCCUGGCUCCAAUGUACAUGAAGGGCAGUACGACUGCUCAGACUUUCAACGGACUCCACAAAGUAAGUGUGUUCGAGAUGAUCGAGCAUCUCCUCGUGUAAUGGCUCCACCUACAACCCCAGACCUGCCCUCAUGCAGUCCAGCAAGUGAAGCAGGGAGUGAAAACAGUGUUAAUAUGGCUGCACACACACUCAUGAUCCUUUCGAGGGCAGCCAGUGCAAGAACUGGUGCAACACCCCUGAAGGACAGUACCUGUCAAAUCAGGUCCUCACUUAGCCAGGCAAAGAAAAGAAAAUUAGAUGAACUGGAGGAAGAUUGUAGACAGCAGUCCUUAUCUAACAAGACAGAUGUUCAGAAUUCCAGCUCACCUGGAAGGAAAAGAAAAUCAAAAUCACAUAAAAAGAAGCACCUGGACUCUUUUCCUGUGGAAAUGGAUGUAGAGAAGUUUUUGAAUUCACUGAAGUAUGAUGAGUGAUUGCUCUCGAUUGUCCAGUAACAGAAUUCUUAAAUGGCCUUAAUCUCGGAAAUGAGGGUGACGAAUGGAACUCUUUAUAGGUCCUGCUGUUGAAUACGUCUGUCCAUGAUCACCGACUCCUGCCGUUGUAUUAUUGAUAUACAAUAUUAUAAAUAAUUUAAUCUCCCCAAUUAACCUGGAGUGUAAAUUUUACAGUACUUUAUUACAAGAACCAUCAUUGAGAAGUUGUGGUAAGCACUUGCCACCUUCUUCCUAAGGUUAAAUGGCAAGGUUUGUAAAUAAUUGGGACUGAUGAAUUGUUUUUCAAAUAAAUAAGACACUCGUUUGGGAUUUAGGUCUUGUAUUUUUGAUUUAUAGUUGAUCAUAAAAAAUGACUGUCAAAUUGUACAUACUGUAACUUUAAAGCUUGCUUAUAAAGCUUGAUAUAAAUCUG